AUGUCGUGUUCGCCUUUCACGUUUCAAAAGUCACGAGACAUGGCCGAGAAUUUUGAGUUUAGCCCAAACGGCUACCCCCCAUUCCCAUCAGACCUACCAAAGGCACACAUAGAAAAAAUUUCACUUCGGCAACUCCUUGAGCAAAACGACGAUGAAGUCGAGCGAUUCUUUGUGGCUUGUCAAAAACAUGGGUUCUUCUAUGUUAACCUACGCGACCAUCCAAAAGGGAAAUCUCUCGAAGACGGAGCUGUUCUAACGGCUCAGAUAGCCGAGGAGACUUUUCAGCUGCCAUUGGAAGAAAAGAAAAAGUACCACCAAGCCUAUAACGGCAGCAUCUAUGGCUACAAGAUGGCGGGAGCUCAGAAAACGGAUGUCCAGGGCACCCCCGAUACAGUCGAGUUCAUGAGCAUAUCGAAAGAUUUCAUCGUCAACAACACGGCCAGCCCAAACCAGAUUCCACCAACCAUUCACGGUAGAAGGACGGAUCUCAAGCCGUUCGUCGCCGAAGCGCAUGCAGUCGGGGACCGUCAUCGCAUUGGCCACCGGUCGGGCUCCCAAUUACGCAUGACAAGAAGUCCUCCGAUCAAGAAGAAUCUGGAUCCGGAGAAACAGAUCGCCACGACUGCACACACAGAUCUCGGGAGCAUCACCAUCCUGUUCAACUGGCUGGGCGGCCUGCAGAUGUGGGAGCCCGAGCAUCCGGAUGGCAACAAGUUCUGGAGUGCCUCUCGGCUCUCAAAGAAGGGACGGUGGGUAUACGUGGAGCCUAUUCCAGGCUUUGCGAUUGUCAAUUUGGGUGAUGCAAUGACCAAGUUUACCAACGGAGUCCUCAAUUCUGGCAAGCAUCGUGUAUUACCCGCUCCAGGCCAGCAAGAGGAUUUUGUCCGCUACAGCGUUGCAUACUUUGUGAGACCGGAAGACGAGGCGGUCUUGAAGGUCCUAGAAGCAGCAAAGAUUCCAAAAUGGGAAGGAGACAAGGAAGAAAAAACAUUUGGGCAACAUGUAUUGGACUUCGGGAGAGCAAAGUAUGGGAAAGACCUGGUGAAGAUCUACGAAGAGAAGCACAAGCCUUGCUAG